ACGUGCGUGCAUUAUGGCUGUUGGACUGGGGAAUGUGUUGUUUAGAAACGAAAGUGCCAAUGUGACGGAGUUGUAUCUGGACGAAGUUUAUCUCUUCAAGGAUUACCCUGAAGGCUUGUUGCGGUUCGCGACGGCCUGCUGCUUCAUUUGUAUGAUCAUCGGGAUCCCGGGGAACCUUAUUACAAUCAUCGCACUUUCGAGAUACGAAAAGGUCCGUAAUGCAACCGCGAUCUUCAUCAUCAACCUUUCAUUUUCGGACCUAUUAUUUUGCUGCUUCAACCUGCCACUGACGGCAUCCACCCUUCUCCAUCGGUCCUGGGUCCAUGGAGAGCUUCUCUGCAGACUGUUUCCCCUGAUGAGAUAUGGUCUUGUGGCAGCUUCCUUGUUCACUGUUACUGCUAUCACUAUCAAUCGUUAUGUCAUCAUCGCCCAUCCGAGACUUUAUCCAAUAGCAUACAAAACGAGGAACAUCCGCCUGAUGCUGCUUAUAAUAUGGUUAAGUUCUUUCGGAUGUUUGGUGGCGACAUGGUUCAACAAAUGGGGCAGCUUUGGGCUCGACGCUAGUAUCGGAUCUUGCUCCAUCAUCCAAGACAAAAACGGUCGAACACCGAAAAAGACACUCUUUCUUGUAGCGUUUACUAUACCUUGUGUUGCAAUAAUUUUUUGUUACACGAGAAUAUUCUUCAUAGUUAGAAAAACCUCUAAAAACUCUAAAACAGUAAAUACAGCCAAACAAGAACAACCAUCGUGCGAUGAACUCUCGUCCGUCGUAUCGUCUGACUCGAUGUCCAUAAAGUUCUCCGGCCCCGAAAUAAGUAUCAGUGAAAACACAGAGUCCUUUACCUCUGAUCCACAUAAAGGUACACAACGCACAUUCCAAAUCGAAACUAGAGACGAAAUAAAAAGAAAAGACAACAGGCUUCGAAGGACAGCAUUAAGAAAAUCUAUGGCGAUGCUCAAAUUGUCUCUGCCCACGCGGAAAGACAGGAGAUUAGGGACUAUGAUAAUCGCUAUCAUGAUUUCAUUCUGCACGUGCCACCUUCCUAUAACCAUAACAAAGCUGUUGCGGGAGAUAAAUCCCAAGCCGGCGUCUAAUAUAGCUUCUUAUCUCCUGCUGUAUCUGGCUUCUUGUAUCAACCCAGUGAUUUAUGUAGUAAUGUCGAACGAGUAUAGGAAAGCAUAUAAAAACCUUUUCAAAUGCAGGCGAAAGUCUUGAAUGACGCAUGGACAUUAAUUAAUGGACUGAAUGUUUUAGAGAAAAUACUCAUUUAGGUAUUAAGUGUGUGUCAUUGUUGUGAGACAAUGAAGCCAUUAUUGUAACGAUUAAUGUUUUCAAGUUUACGGUAGUAAUUGUGUAUAUUACAUAAUUACAUAUAUUUAAUAUUAAGUAUUGUUAAACGGGCCCAAGGAGUUACAUGUAUUGACAUUCCGUGUUUAAUAUUAAAAAUAAAGUGACAUAAUAAAUCAUACAAAUUGUCAAAAAGUAUACGAAUAGGCUCGAAUUAAAGAUGACUCUAAUGAAGUGGUUUAAAGUAGUUUGGUAAAUGUCUUAAUAUAUAAGGAUAUCCUUUUUUAGGCCCAUAAUACAGAUUGCCGGUGCCGAAGACACAAAUAUUUCAAAUUUGAUCAUAGUGCCAUACAUUCAUCAUGGUGAAGAGGGGUUUUAUUCUUGUAAUUGUCUGACAAUUAUAAGAUAAUAUUUUGCAAUUUUAAAAUGUAUGUAAAAACAAAAUGUUAAUUUAUUUAUAACAAAAAGUUAUAUUAAAACAUAGCCAUAAAUAAUUUGAAAUGUGGUUUGUAUUCGAAGAGAGGAAAUUUAUUUAUAUUUUAUUCAUGGAGUAUUUAAUGUUCACGAACCGACGAACGACGUAUUAAAUCUAUAGUUUAAUAGAGUCUAGUUUGGUCUCUACAAAUACUAUAUUUUCUGUGUUUCCUUAGUAAUACGUGGAUAAAAGUAGACAGUACUCUUCUCUCUUUUAAAAGUUGCCACGCGAUCGAAUUCGACGUGAAAUUAAAUUAAUUAUUAGCUUAGUGAAAUAAUCAAAUUGUUUCCAAAUUUUGAUAUAGUAACUUUUGAACUUGAAAAGUAAAAGUUUGUGUAAUGUAAUAAUAAUAAAUAGGUUUCGUUCGGUUUCGAAUAUAAACUACAUGUAACAGUACAAAAGACGUACCUACGGCCUAGAACCAAAGGAUAUUAAAAAUACAUUUUAAUAAUUCACAUCGAUUUGUUUGAUUUGUUUAUUUGUAAUCGAUGUUUUAUAACUGAUAUUAUGUCAACGUAUCAUAUUAGUAAAAUAUAAUUUGUAUAACUAUAAAAUAUCAAAUGUUAUUUGCUUAAGAGUUUAAAUGGUUUUGUAAUGAGAAAGACCAAAAUGUACCAAAGAAUCUCCUGGGGCCACGAUACCCAAGCCAUUGUACUUACCAAAGAUGUAAUUAAAUUGACUUAUGGAUUUAA